AAGAAGCUCAGAACAGAGGCAUCUACUUCUGGACUACGAUUCCCAAAAUUCCUUGCGGCGAGGUCGUUGUCUCUUCUCUGUAUCCCAGGAAAGUGAACUUUCGCCGCCGCCUCCCCCUUGUUCUUCCACUCCUCCCCACGAAUCUCCUUCAGCUUCUUAUGACCACGUGGCGCUAGCCCUGCUUGCGGAGGAGAACCCGGAAGGGAGGGAUGGAGCCGGGGAGGCUCCCGGUGUGCGGGGCGGCGCGGGCCCCACAGGAGACAGUGACCUUUAGUGAUGUGGCCGUGGACUUCACCCAGGAUGAGUGGAAACAUCUGGAUCCUUCCCAGAAAAAGCUGUACAGAGAUGUGAUGCUGGAGAACUACCGGAACCUGCUCUCUUUGGUAGGGCUUCCAAUUUCCAAACCAGAUGUGAUCUCUCAGCUGGAGCAAGAAGAAUCGCCGAGGGUCAUGGAAGUCAAAGGGGUAGGAGAUUGGAAGACCAAGGCCAAAACAAAUGAAUCAGCUUCAAAAUUGGGCUUUACUAUGAAUAAAUCAUUCCAGAAAAGAACUCCAAGUCAUGGCCAUCAGGAUUCCGUAUCAAAAGAAACCUGUAAUUAUGAUAUUGAGACACGUUCCCAGGAUAAUAAAUGUAAAGAACUUUUUAGCUGUGAUUCAAACAUUCAGCAUCAUAGAAUACAUUUUGAAGAGAGAACUAAUGGGAAAGCAUUUCUCCAGGGAGAACAUCUUAGUAAACAUCAGAGAAUUUAUUCUGUAGAACAACGUCACAAAUGUAAUGAAUGUGGGAAAACUUUUAGCUGUAUCUCUUCUCUUGCUUUCCACCAGAGAAUUCAUACUGGAGAGAAACCUCAUGAAUGUAAUGAAUGUGGAGAGGCUUUUAAAUGGAGCUCACAACUGACUUACCACCAGAAAAUUCAUACUGGAGAAAAACCUUAUCAGUGUAAUGAAUGUGGGAAGACCUUUAUCCAGAGAACGCAGCUUACUUCCCAUCAGAGAAUUCAUACUGGAGAGAAACCUUAUAAAUGUAAUGAAUGUGGAGAGGCCUUUAGAUGGAGCUCACAACUGACUUACCACCAGACAAUUCAUACUGGAGAAAAACCUUAUCAGUGUAAUGAAUGUGGGAAAGCUUUUAGAUAUAGUCUAUCUCUUACUUACCACCAGAGACUUCAUACUGGAGAAAAACCUUUUGAAUGUAAUGAAUGUGGACAGGCCUUCAGGUCAAAUACAAAACUAAAUUAUCAUCAGAGAAUUCACACUGGAGAAAAACCUUAUCAGUGUAAUGAAUGUGGGAAAACCUUUAUCCAGAGUACACAGCUUACUUCCCAUCAGAGAAUACAUACUGGUGAGAAACCCUAUGAAUGUAAUGAAUGUGGGAAAGCUUUUAGCUCAAGGUCAUCCCUUACUUACCAUCAGAGAAUUCAUACCGGAGAAAAGCCUUUUGAAUGUCAUGAAUGUGGACAAACCUUCAGGUCAAAUUCACACCUUACUUCCCAUCAGAGAAUUCAUACUGGAGAAAAACCUUAUGAAUGUCAUGAAUGUGGGCAAGCCUUCAGGUUAUAUAAACAGCUUAUUUCUCAUCAGAGUAUUCACACUGGAAAGAAACCUUAUGAAUGUGAUGAAUGUGGGAAAGCCUUUAGCUCAAGUUCAUCCUUUAUUUAUCAUCAGAGAAUUCAUAACGGAGAAAAACCUUAUAAGUGUAAUGAAUGUGGGAAAGCUUUUAAUCAGACCGCACAACUUACUUUCCACCGUCUAAUUCACACUGGAGAGAAACCUUAUGAAUGUAAUGAAUGUGGAAAGGCCUUUAUUCAGAGGGCAAACCUUGCUGCACAUCAGAGAAUUCAUACUGGAGAAAAACCUUAUCGGUGUAAGGAAUGUGGGAAAGUUUUUAAGCACAACUCAUCCCUAAUUUACCACAAAAGGAGUCAUACUGAAGAAAAAUCUUAUUAGUGUAAUGAUUAUGGUCAAGUUCUUAGAUGAAACACACUUUCAAUGUCAGCAAAAAUUUCAUAAUAGAAAUCUCUAGUCUUUUGAAAAGCACAAAACAUAGCAAUGAAAAAUUAAUAUUAUAGCAAAAAAAUUAUAAUGGUGAAAAGGUCUUUGGACAGAGCAAUAUUAUUGGAUAUCAUACAAUUCAUACUGGAGAGAACUUUUAUGGGAGUGGCCCUUAUCCAUAAAAAAUCUUCUUAAUUAUCAGACUUCACAUUGGAGAAAUCAAGUUAAUGUUGUGAAUGUGGGAGACACUUUAGCUGGAAGAUAUUCUUUCAGUAAUUUAAGAAUCUCAUUUUAAUGGGAUAUAGUAGAAACAGUAGCAAAGGAUUAUUUUUAAUUGUGAACCUUACUGAACUCAAUUGUGAAUUCAUAUUCGACAGAAGCUUUACAGAUACUUCACUGAGUGUUUCACAAAGUCACUCAAUCUCAGAGAUAGAAAGGAGUCAGAAACCAUUUAAUCCAGCCCAUACUAAAUAAAGAAUACCUCAAGACAACACCUGUCCCCCCCAAUAAUCAUUUAACUUUUCCUACAAGAUCUCUGCUAAGGUAGAAUCCCAGUAUUUUCCAAAGCAACUCAUUCAAUAGUGGGUAAGCUCUAAUUAUUAGGAAACUUCAUGUUCCCCUGAUUUUUCUUUUUGAUAUAUAUCAUCAGUUCCUUCAACUGGUUGCAUAUGAUAUGAACUUGGCCUCUUUCACCAUCUUCAUUGCCCUUCUUUGGACACAUUUUAUCCAUUUCUUUCUGAAAAUGUAAUGCUCAAUAGUCCAGGUGUGACUUGACUAGGGCAGUGUACAAGACUAUCACCUCUUUGUUUCUGAAAGCUGUGUCUCUCAAAGUAGCUGAAGCUCUUAAUCCAGUUUGGUACCCAUUGACUGAGCCAUGAUUUUUCUUUUAUCUUUCUUUUUCUAAAUCAUCUCAGGGAGCUGUUUUUCAUUUACUCUUCUUUGUCUAAAUAUUUCCCCAAUAGUGUUUUAUUUUUUCAAAUACAUGUAAGACUAGUUUUCAACUUGAUUUUUAUAAAA